UCGGACUCAAUGAUCUUCUGAGAUCCCUUCCGACCCAAACAUCUAUGAAUCUAUGAUCAGCUUCAUACACUGUGUUGUCAUCUAAAUUAGAUGUGGGGCAGGGAGACAGGCAGAGCUUAAGGGAUUUCCUUGUUCGUGUGACCAUGAAAUCCUUGCUUCACCUAGGAACAACGUUCUGACACUGUUUUCAAAUCUGAGCUGAGUUUAUGUCUAAGAAUUAAUAUAAUUAGCCCAGCUGGGCUUCCCACAGAGCUCACCCAAGCCAGACCAUGCUCAAAGACCUGCAUACGUGGUGCCCUACCCCUCAGACAUGUCUCUAAGGUGCUCAAGGGAUGGUUCUGCACAGUGUGGAGCUGGUUUGAGUCUUUACAGAUUGUCCCAUUCACUUCUGUUCUAUCCUGGUUCUUAUCUCUCCCCUGCACUUUGUCGAUAGGAAAUGCUAGAGGUAAAGAGGAAGGUCCCAAUGAGCGCAGGAAGACAUGGGUCAAACAAGCACUGCUUUCUGUCUGCUGCAUGCCCUUCUGCAGUGGGAGUUGUUGUGGGCCUGGCAGUGGAGAAUGUGCUGCAGAGGGUCUUGCAGCUUCCAGUGGUGAGUUCAACCCAAGAGAGCCUUCAGAGGACGUAUGCCAGCACCAAAGAGGCACACCCCCUCGUGGCUUCGGUGUGUGAGGCCUAUGAGAAGGGCGUGCAGGGAGCUAGCUCGCUGGCUGCCUGGAGCAUGGAGCCUGUGGUGCGCAGACUGGAGCCUCAGUUCAGUGCUGCCAACACCCUGGCCUGCCGGGGCUUGGAUCACUUGGAGCAGAAGAUCCCUGCCCUCCAGUAUCCAGUGGAGAAGAUUGCAUCCGAGCUAAAGGACUCCAUCUCCACCCCUCUCCAAAGUGCUAAGAGCACCAUUGGCAGCUCUGUAUUGGGGGCCCUGGACAAGAUCCUGGGGCUGGCUGCUGAGGGCUAUGAGCUGACCAGGAGCACAGCAACAAGCACAGCAGAAUAUGCCUGGAGCAGCCGGGUCAGCCAGAUGGCAGCCACAGGGGUAGACACAGCUCUAGGGAAGCUGGAGAAGCUGGUGGCAUUUCUCCUACCAGAAGAGGACUGUCAGCCAGCUCAGAAGCCUGCAGCGGCACAAGGAUCAAAGGCAGCGGCCUCCCAGGCACAGCCAGAGCUUGGCACUCUCCACAGGAUUGGCACUCUGACCAGCACUGUCUCCUACCAUGCCUACCAGCAGGCUGCCCGAGCCAUCCAGCACACAAAAGCCAAGGGGCAGGAGCUGGCCCUGUGGAUCCCAGGUCUGGGUGGUAUGGCCAAGCAGAGCACAGCCAAGGCCCAGCAGGUCCUGAGUGAUGUGCAGCAUGCAGCUUCAGCCUGGCUGAGCAGGCGACAGAGCAAGGAGCCAGAACAGCAGCCAAAGAAGGAGAUGAAGAAAAAAGAAAGUGAAGCCAGAGAGAAAGCCGAGAGCAGCAAGAUUCCAAGCCUAGUAGGCAGCAUGGCCCAGACACUGCAAGCUGCCUAUCUCCCCGCCAUCUCCAGCAUGAAGAAGGUCCCCUCUGCUACAUGGGAUGCAGCUGGGGGACUGCUCCAGCUCACCCCCAACAAAGCAGCUUCCAUAGCCAGAGAGAAGGUGGGCGCUCUGGGGGGAACCCUGCGCAGUGCCUUGGGCAUCCUGUCCCACUAUGUGCCGCUCCCCAGCCUGCAGCUGAAGGAAAAAGAGACUCCAUGUGGGAGCAAACCCAUCCCUGGUCUGCAUAAAAGAAAGGAGGGCUCCAAGCCAGAGACUCCCCUGGCCCAGGAGAAGGUCCUGCUGAGAGUUGAGUGGCGGGCCAGCCGGGGCCACCAUCCCCUCUCCUUCCUGGAUCUUGAGGAUCCCCUCUUCCUGCAACCAUUCCCCUUUCAGCGCCAGACGCUGCAUCGGGCCCUGGCCUUAGAGCCUGAAUACACAAUCUCCCGCAAAUCCACCUUCUCCCCCUACAGCAGCCGGAGAGUGAGCGAAGGUUUGCACCGCUUCUGUUCAGAGCCCAUCUACACCAGGGCUCACUACAGCAGCCUCUAUAGCACAGCCAUCAAGAAAGACUGAGUGGGAGGGCUCCUGAGCCUGCUUGCUGCCUGCUUAGCAUGUACCAGCCUACAGCCACUGUAUGUUAUGCUUCCCCUUGCAAGCAAUGUGGCAUUGGAUUUAGCAUUAAGAUCCUACCAGUUUAAUUUCCUAGAUGUGCUCUCUCCCAGUGCAUAGAGAGGAUGGGGACUUGCUUGUCACCUCUGGAACUAGGGUCAGGUACAGUGCAAGGGCAGAAGGAGAUUGAGUUUGAAGGUGCCUAUUCCAUCCCUCCCCUAACAGCAGUGUGGUUGUGGGGCCAGGGCAUUGCUGUGACAACUGAACUGAAACAAAGGCCGACCUAGUAGGGAGACCUGCUGGGCAGUGAAAAUGGAGGUAAGAUGAGAGCAAGGGUUUGGUUUGUAUCACAACCUGUCUCUUAAAUGCAUCCCACCCAGGUGAGGCACAUAGGGCCAUGCCCUUUCUGCUUCUUUCUUCCAAGAAGAGGUAAUCAGAAAAGGCUCCAAACCUCAAAUUCUGUUAUUUUACAGUAGCCAAAUUAAGAAUGCAAUGGCUGGUCUGUCCUGUGUUUGAUGAAGGAGUUUGGGCUUUCAGAUAUAUGUUGUGAGCCCUCUUGGGCCCAAUUUAACAAACUACAUGGUGGGUCUUUAACAAAAAUAGAUUUUCCCAAGAGUGCAUUGGUCAUCAUAGUUAAAUAGGCCGUGAGACAUUUAUCCCACAAACUACCCUGUAAAUGAAGCAGACAGGCUGUGGGAGGGGGGCCCCUCAUGCUUGCGAUGGGGCUUUGAGAGCUAUCCAAUUGGAGGUGGUUUCAUAAAUGAGCAGGAAAACAUAAGAAGAAACAAUUUAUCUUGGAGGAGAGCAGAGUAGCCCAUAGAAGAGGGAGAAAUGGAGCAAGUAGAGACCAGAGGAGAAAAAGAGGAAACGGAGAGAGUGGAGAAGGCCAGAGAGCGAGAGCUGAAAAGGGAAGGCACUGGGAGGCCUGGUUGCUUGUAGCUGAUCCUUCUUCAACAGAAGUAAUUGGCCAUGGACCUUGUGUGGGUGGCAGCUGUGACAGGGACCUGUGUUCAACUUGAGGCCCCCUAAUCAGAGCCACUGGCUCUUCAACUUCUCGCAGCAAUAAAUGUUCCCCACUUGCUUUCUACAUGACUUUCUCAUUUCUUCCAUGUGAGUCUCAGGGACAGCUGCCUGGUACAUACAUGGGUCCUGAGUGACUGGCUGAUCCUGGCACUGGAGAGAAACAGGAGAAGAUAGCUGUGACCCCUACUCCUCCCCACCCCCCAAAUUCUGGAGGUGGCUACAUUAAACCAGCCCC